AAAAGAGGUAGCUCUAUAAAAUACUCGCAAUAACAAAUUAAUUCUAUGAUUUAGUUUAACUCCGAAUUAUUUUUAAUAAACAAAAGCGACUCGAACUUACGAAAAUGAUAAAUGUGAAUUUUCCAGCGAAACUAUUAUUUAGCGUUCUUUUUUGAGUAUUACAUUAUAAUUGUACUUAUCCUAAAUGUUUUUUAGAAGGAGUGCGGCUCUAAAAUACUUUGUGGCGACGAUAUUGGGUGCAGCAUUUUACUGCGAAUGGGCUGUGUAUCGAAUACAACCGUUUUACUGGCAGCAAUUGGAAUGUCCGGCGUACGAUUACACCUGUACAAAGAUUCUGUUUAUUGCCGACCCUCAAAUACAAGGCGACGAUGCGGUUCCACCGCCUUUGAGCUAUUUAUUCAACUGGGAUAGCGACAAGUACUUAAAGUCUACAUUCUCAGUGGUACUGAAACAUUUCAAGCCCGAUGUCUUGGUGUACAUGGGAGAUCUGAUGGAUGAAGGAUCAAUUUCUACAAUGGCACAGUUUCAUGCAUAUGUUUUACGUUUGGCCAAUAUUUUCAAUAUUGAUUACCCUGUUGUGCAAAUCUGGAUACCAGGAGACAAUGACAUUGGUGGAGAAAACGAACCAAUUAAAAGAGAUAAAGUAGCAGAAUUUGAUAAAAUAUUUGAUCAAGAAAGCAUUAUCAUGUUUAGGAACAUAUCAUUCUAUAAAGUGAAUGCUAUAACACAUAAAUUUCAAAAGGGAAGAGAUAAAAGUCACAAUUUCAAAAUUGUUAUAUCACAUUAUCCUGUCACCUCCAGGCAUGCUUUUGGAGAAAUGAUUAACAAUGUGAUCCGUCCAAACAUUUACUUUUGUGCUCAUGAACACGAAUCAAAGUAUGUUAUGCAGAACCCUCAGCUCACAUUCAGAGAGACGUUCCCAUUAAAAUAUGGGGAUAAAGUACUAGGGAUAUCAUUCUCUUCCAAUUCUGUAGAUGAUACAAUAUAUGAGAUAUAUGUGCCAACAUGUUCAUAUCGCAUGGGAACCAGUAAGAUCGGUUAUGGAGCUGCUGUUUUACAAAAGCACAAUAAACACAUGAAGUACACAGUCUUCUGGUCGCCGCAAAGGUUCCCAUACUUAUUUUUCUAUUUAGUGAUUCUAAUAGUUUUAGUGACAUAUUUUUGCAUUUUCUGUACUGCUAAAAUAUUCUAUAGACACACAAAACCGGUAGCAAAAAGUGAAGAAAAGGUGCCAUUUCUGGAACGAAUUUAACAGUAUUAUUUAAACAGGUAUUUUUACAAUCAUUGAGCAUUUAUCAAAGUAUUUAAUCUUGCCAAACAUUCCCUUUAUUGUUAGACAUAGUCACAAAAUAAAAUAAAAUGGGUUUAUAGCCAAAGAUAAACGGUACCACCGAUACUUAAGCCUAUGAUGAUGACAAGUUACAAAUGUGGGUACUUAAAGCAGGAGAAAUACUUAAUGAUCAUCAAUAUAAACUUGACUGACUCUGACUGAAUUUAACAAAACUAUAGCUAAUGAUUUUCUUUUAUUCAUUCAAUCCCUUUUUGAUGUUAGCCUUGCAUAUUAGAUUUUUGACAUGCAUUUCAGAAUUCUGCCAACUAUCUAUUUGUAAUAAAGCAUAAGAAAACAUUGAGACAUCUCAGUAACAAGAACCAUUGUACAAAUGCCAAUUUGUCUGAUUUGAUUACCAUGACUUCGUCAUUGGCUGUAUAUACUUUACGAGCCCUAUCUCAUUAGGACGUAUGAGGGUGCAACCCGGGUCAUAGAAUAAAGAAUAA